CACGUCUGUUUCCUCCGUCUCCCCUCCGUCGCGCUUCCCUCUCUCUCUCUCUCUACUGCAAACUACAGCUUCAAAAUCCUCAAGAAAAGCGCCGCCGGCGUCGCCUCCACCGCCGCCUGGUGAUGAUUCGUUGCAGUAGAAAAUCACUUGCUCUGAACCCUAACUUCCUCAAAUCCUACUCCUCUCUCCGCGCCUUCUCUUCCCCAACCCCGUGCGACUUCCCCACCACCUCCUCCGUUGACCACACACGCGGCUUCCAUGAAGCCACCCGAAGCCCCCUUCCGAUAUUAGGCUUUAAAAAGGGAGGCCCACUUUCAUUACUACUCGCAGCUAAAGCUCCCUACCCCAGCUGUAAUUUCCUCAGAAGCUACUGCUCCGAAAACAUUGGCCGGGAUGGCGUUAAGUCGAGCGAGUGGACUGAGGAGAUCGAGUAUCUCGAUGAAUCGGGCGGUGUCAUAUACACCGGCAAGGGCGUGCGGUCGGUGGAGCCGGGGCUCGAUGACCACGUCAUGAUUGGUGACAUCAGGAAGCCCCUCCACAACAUCUCCGCAGUCGCGAAGAUCGUCGAGGUCGUGAAGCGGUGGAAAUGGGGGCCCGAGCUCGAGACCCAACUAGACAAGCUCCAGUUCGUCCCCAACACGACCCAUAUCGUACAGGCUCUGAAGGUCAUCAACGAGAGCGACGCGUCUCUCAGCCUCUUUCGCUGGGCUAAGCGGCAACCUUGGUACGUGCCCAAUGAUGAGUGUUACCUUAUGCUGUUUGAUGGGUUGAAUCAAAACAGAGACUUCGAUGGGAUUCAGCAACUGUUUGAUGAAAUGGUUUCUGGUAAAGGCAUUGCUGCUUCUGCUACGGCUUACAAUCGGGUUAUUCAGUACUUGGCUAAAGCCGAGAAAUUGGAGGUUUCGUUCUGUUGUUUCAAGAAAGCCCGAGAUUCGGGCUGUAAGAUCGAUGCGCAGACAUAUAAUGCCCUCAUUAACGUGUUCUUGAACAAGGGCUUGCCUUACAAGGCGUUCGAGAUAUAUGAGAGCAUGGAAGCGGCUGAAAGUUCGUUGGAGGGGUCGACUUAUGAGUUAAUGAUUCCUAGCCUGGCUAAAUCGGGCCGCCUCGAUGCCGCUAUGAAGCUCUUCCAAGAAAUGAAAUCAAGGAGGUACCGCCCGAGCUAUAAUGUCUUUGCCUCGCUGGUUGAUUCCAUGGGGAAAGCUGGGAGACUCGAUACGUCCAUGAAGGUUUAUAUGGAAUUGCCGGUUCACGGUUUAAGGCCCUCUGCAACAAUGUUUGUUUCCCUGAUUGAGUCGUUUGUGAAGGCGGGCAAGUUGGAGACCGGGAUUAGGCUAUGGGAUGACAUGAAGAAGGCUGGGUUCAGGCCUAAUUUCGGGCUAUACACUCUGAUCAUCGAGUCCCAUGCAAAGUCGGGGAAGCUGGACAUUGCGAUGUCUGCCUUCACAGAUAUGGAGAAGGCUGGAUUCUUGCCAACCCCAUCCACCUACUCCUGUCUCUUGGAGAUGCAUGCUGCUUCUGGACAAGUAGAUGCUGCCAUGAAGCUUUACAAUUCCAUGACCAAUGCAGGCCUGAAACCGGGUCUUAGCACUUGUACUGCCCUCUUGACUCUCUUGGCCAAUAAGAAGCUCGUGGAUGUAGCUGCAAAGAUACUGCUCGAGAUGAAAUCAAUGGGAUUCUCUGUAGAUGUGAGUGCCAGUGAUGUCCUGAUGGUAUAUAUCAAGGACGGUUCUGUUGAUCUUGCUUUGAGGUGGCUACAGUUCAUGGGAUCAUCUGGUAUUAGGACGAACAACUUUAUCAUUAGACAGCUGUUUGAAUCUUGCAUGAAGAACGGUCUAUAUGAGUCCGCCAAGCCCCUCCUAGAGACCUACGUGAACUCUGCAGCAAAGGUGGAUCUGAUACUCUACACAUCGAUUCUCGCCUAUAUGGUAAGGUGCCAGGAAGAGCAGCAGGAGAGGCAGCUGAUGGCUAUACUAAGUGCGACGAGACACAAAGCCCAUGACUUUAUGUGUGGGCUGUUCACCGGCCCAGAACAGAGGAAGCAGCCUGUCUUAUCAUUUGUUCGGGAGUUCUUCCAUGGGAUUGACUAUGAACUGGAAGAAGGGGCAGCUAGGUAUUUUGUGAACGUUCUCCUUAAUUACCUUGUCCUAAUGGGGCAGAUUAACAGGGCUCGAUGCGUUUGGAAAGUCGCAUAUGAGAAUAAACUCUUCCCAAAAGCAAUCGUGUUUGAUCAGCACAUUGCAUGGUCCCUCGAUGUCAGGAAUUUGUCCGUGGGGGCUGCUCUUAUAGCUGUUGUGCAUACCCUCCAUAGGUUCAGGAAGAGGAUGCUUUACUACGGUGUGAUACCAAGAAGAAUCAAGUUAGUUACAGGGCCCACUUUGAAGAUUGUAGUUGCACAGAUGCUUAGCUCAGUGGAAUCCCCUUUCGAGGUUAGUAAGGUGGUUCUCAGAGCUCCAGGGGAUUCGGUGAUGCAGUGGUUCAAGAAACCAAUCGUUCAGCAGUUUCUUCUGAAUGAAAUCCCAUCGAGGGCUGACAUUCUCAUGCACAAGUUAAAUAUAUUAUUUCCCAGCUCGGCUCCUGAGAUUAGAUCUUUGUCCCCUCCUAAGCCCCUCAUGUCUGGGAAAUCAUUUUAAGUAGAGCUAAAUAAAGUGUUUUACGGCAAUUCAUGACUGCA